CACCGACACGUUAUGACGUGUCGAUCGCAUCGAAAGCUGUGAUAACGAAGCUCUGAACACACACUAGCUUGAGUAUCCUCGACGGGAAGAAGAAACGAUGAGGAAGAGAUGAAGCGCGGUGGAAUCAGACGGAAGCGAUUGUUCGGGAGGAGGAUUCUGUUGGCAUCGGCGGUUUUCUUUAUCGGUUUCGGAUUGUUGCUGCUCACGCUCCGCUCCGUGGAUCCUAACCCGUCCUUCAUCGAUGACGACGACGACGAUGCUGUUUCGGAAUCCGGUUCCGAUGAGGAGAACGCCAGGUGGAGCAAUUCCUCUUCCAUCGGAGAAGGUAAGGUCGACGGAGGUAGGCUGUGCGCGACGGUAGAGGAGAUGGGAAGCGAGUUCGAUGGAGGUUUCGUGGAUCAGAGCCUCAGAGUUCGAGAUGUUAUCCGUCGCCAUUUUCACGUCAAUGGCGCUUCAGCAAUUCGUGAGCUCGCUCCGGAGGAAUUCUGCCGACAUGGUUAUGUUCUUGGGAAAACAGCAGAAGCUGGUUUCGGGAAUGAAAUGUACAAGAUCUUAACUUCGGCAGCGUUGAGCAUAAUGCUGAACAGAUCCUUGAUCAUUGGCCAGACCAGGCAUAUACUGCCCCUCGCUUUUGCUUGUUUUAGUUUGUGUUUAUCUGUCUGUCUGUUUACAUCUUUCUCUGUGCAUUUCAGGGGGAAAUAUCCCUUCGGUGAUUACAUUGCUUACUCCAAUGCUACAUAUACAAUGAAUGAAGUGAAGCAUCUUUGGCGUCAAAAAGGCUGCGUGAAGAAAUACGGAAGGCGGCUUGUAAUGAGACUGGAUGAUUUUGAGAAACCGACCAAGAGUAACGUCUUAUGCAGCAAUUGGAAGAAGUGGGAGGAACCUAUUAUAUGGUUUCAAGGCACAACAGACGCUGUGGCGGCUCAGUUUUUCCUAAAGAACGUGCAUCCGGAGAUGAGAGCUGCUGCAUCUGAGCUGUUUGGAGAGGAAGGAAACUCAGCGCCAGGAGCGAAUGUGUUUGGAGAGUUGAUGAUGAGUCUCAUAUCUCCGACGAAAGAUGUGAAAGAUGCAGUGGACUGGGUUCUACGAGAGACUGGAGAUCCUGAUAUUUCGCUACACAUGCGAAUGUUAACGAGCAAAUCUGUAAGACCUCUGCGUGCAGCGAUAAACUGCCUAGGGAAAGCAAUUAACAGACUUGGCAUAUCGAAACCGAGAGUGGUUAUUGUCUCUGACACGCCAUCUGUAGUGAAAGCUAUCGAGCCAAAUAUCAGCGCAUUUGCUGAGGUUCUACAUUUUGACUAUAAGCUUUUCCGUGGGAACAUCGUGCAACGCGGCCGCGGAUUACCGAUGUUAGAUUUCAGGAUAAAGGAUUGGGGUCCGGCACCAAGAUGGGUUGCGUUUGUAGAUUUCUUCCUCGCGUGCCGUGCAAGUCAAGCUGUGGUCUCCGGUGCUAACAGGCGAGUCGGGACUACUUACGCUCAGCUGGUUGCUGCAUUAGCCGCUGCUAACAGUCUCAAGGAGGGUUCGAGCAACUCGAGCUUUGCGUUCCUGAGUAGUUUCCAGAGCAAUCUGUUGGCGGACGGUCUCAAGAACCAGGUAGGUUGGGGACAUGUCUGGAACCGAUACGCUGGACCGUUGAGCUGUCCAAAACAGUCGAACCAAUGCGCCUUCACGCCGCUUGCACCUCCCGGUUGGUGGGACGGUUUAUGGCAAUCCCCCAUCCCACGAGACACUCGCAGGCUUGCGGCUUUUGGCAUUGAGCUUUCGGGGUUUGGUACGGUUAACGAAGACCGGUUUCAUGCUUUUUGUAGCGCCAAGAAAGAGUACUUGAAUACUGUAACAAUCAUUUAGUGACGCCUUCCUGUGAAGUUCUUUUGAUCUCUUGGUAAUCAGCUUCACUGGUUUUAUUCGGGUUUUAUUCCUCAAAUCUAUUUAUACUUCUUAAAAAUUGAACCGGCCAUCUUAGAA